CAGCAAGUUUGAAGGAAGGCAGUCGUUUUACAGCUACAGAUUUGCUACUUGGGGGCCCAGCAUGUAGCUGAUCUUUGAAGAUCAGUUUUUUCCCAAAAAUUCCUGAACUUCUCAGCCACAUUUCAAAGGCGAGAUAAGAACGACAGAAGCAUCCCAAGAAGCCAUGUUACAGAAAAAGGUGGUGGCAGCACAGAAACGAGGGGAGACCAGGGCCCUAUGGCUAGGUUUGGGAAUGAUGGCCUGCUCAGCAAUGAUGUAUCUUUUUAUUCUUAUCGUCCUGGAGCCUUUACACAGAAGAAGUGUCUGGGCUGAUGAAAGUGAAUGCAAUGUAGUGAAAGCUAACAUCAAGGAAAAAAUCCAUUGUUCAUUCAUUGAAGGCUCUGAAGAUAAAGAUAUUUUUCACUAUCCUUGUCUGGAAAUCUAUGUGAAUUUAACUCAUUUAGGGCAAGUAGUAAUGCUCUACCACACAGAGAACACUGUGGAUAGAAAUCCCAAGUGCUCUUACAUACCACCUGAUAUGGAGAAUUAUAAACAAGUUCAGCAGCACGUAGAAAAGAUAAGAGACAAUUUCAGAAAGCAUCAGAGGUUUCCUUGCCAUUAUGACCCAUCAAGAAAAGAAGAGAGCGUCCUUUUCAAGAGAUUGUACCCCCCAGAAGGCCUUCUCAUUGCUUUUGCCUGGCCAACUGUGCUACUGAUUGGUGGAAUCUUGAUAGUCAUCUUGGUGAAACUAAGCCAGUAUCUUGCCUUACUCUCUGCUAAACAACGCAGAACACUCAUAUAGCUUUUUCUAGCUAAGAUCUGGGCUUUGUAUUCACUUUUGUACAGGUAGUCCUCGACUUACAACAGUGCAUUUAGUGACUGCUCAAAGUUACAAAUGGCACUGGAAAAGGGGACUUAUUUUUCACACGUAUGACCCUUAUGGCAUCCCCAUGGUCAUGUGAUCAAAAUUUGGAAGCUUGGCAGCCGACUCGUAUUUAUGAUGAUUGCAGUGUCCAGGUGUCAUGUUUUGAAAUCUUCUUACAAGCCAAAUCAGUGGGGAAGCCAGAUUCACUUAACAACUGUGUUACUAACUUAACAACUGCAACUGCAAUAAUUCACUUAACAACUGUGGCAAAGGUUGUAAAAUGGUGCAAAAUUCACUUAACACAUUUUUUACUUAGCAACAGAAAUGUUGGGCUGAGUUAUGGUCAUAAAUCAAGGAUUACCUGUAUUAGAGGCGAAUCAGGAGUAAGUUCACAAGUUUACACUAAGGAUAAACAACACUCUAGUAAAGAUAAGGAAAAUAUAGAUAAGAGGAGACCUCAAAUUAGACAGGAGACAUUCCAAUUAUACUUCUCUGAGUUCACCACAUUUUUUACAAGUUCAGUUAUAGUAUUUAAAUUUGAGAAAAUACCUUUUGUUAAUAUUUUUAGUCAUGGUGAGGAAUUUGGGUGAGGUAGCUAAUUUUUACUUACACGGUCACUGAACCAUAUAAGCACUGACUCAAUUGAAGGGGCGUUCUUUCCUCGGUAAAAUAGCUAAUGAAUUUCUGAGGUUACCCUGAACAAACUGAAGCAAGCUAUCCCAAAGAAACAGAAGUGCUCUAGGCAACGUAACAUGGAAAAUUGUGUUUGGAAAGUGGAGCAGAAAAAUGCACCAUGAGUUACUUUGAUAUUCAGUAUGGAGUUAACAGGAUUGGUUGCUGUCUGUUUCUGUCCUCCAGAAAAUGAGGUUUGGUCUAUUUGUGGUGACAUGACAACCAGGCAACAUAUUAUUAUUAUUAUUAUUAUUAUUAUUAUUAUUAUUAUUAUUAUUAUUAUUAUUAUUAUUAUUAUUAUUAUUAUUAUUAUUAUUAUUUUAAAUCAGUUUAUUCUAAGCAUAUUCCAAAUUUGUUUUUAAGAAAAUGAACAUCUAAGUAUCUGAUUAACCUUGAGUUAAUAAGUAAGUGAAAGUGAACUUACAUUUUUUUCCCUAACCUUCUUCAUUAGAGGUCAUUUCAAAAUUCAGGUGAUAAUAAAAAGAUUUUGGAUCUGAAGUUUAGAAAACUAGACAGUUACUGAGGCAUAUUAAUGCAGCACACACUUUUAUCCCUGCAAGAUCAGUUUAUUAUAUGGAAUGGCAGAUUCUGUUAAACUGAUGAUAACAAAAACUAUCUAUUCAGUAAUUGUGGGAUGGAAGAACAUACAUUUUUCAGUUGUAACGAAUCUGCAGGGAGUAAAAAUGCAUUUAUUUUAAUUAGAUUAUUCAAGGUGCAGUUUAUGUGAUUUUCUUCACCAGCCUUAAAGCAAGCACCAUAAAAAACUCAAUGUACUAGUAAAUUACUAUGAUGCACUACUGUAGUCAUUAUCAUUAGCUGUGCAUUAAGCUAACAUUUAUAGCUUUAGUGCUCAGUGAGCUGCACAGCUGCCUGCCUACGUGUUGCCUAAAGCCAUAGUUAACACAUUCACAGAAGCUUCUUAAAAGCAGAUACUAACUAUCAGGCCAAUAGCAGCUUGAGCUAAAGAAAUUAUGUCUGUGCAAUGUUUUCUGAUGAGCAACUCUUCACUGCUUACUACAAAGCAAUUAUUUUGCCAUAAUGAAUUGGCACUUGCAAUAAAAAACAUGGGUUGGUUAAAGGGAUAUUACUUGCUUUGAACACCAAUUUGUUCAGCAUUCUUUCUUCUCUCAUAAGGUUUAUCAUUGCCCAGCAAAUCACUGAUUUAGAUCUAAAAUUAAGACUGGACUGAAUUCUCCCAGCACACGUAUUCCCACAUUUAUUCUUUCUAGUAUAUGAACUCAGCCUAAACUAGACCCAAUUUGUUAAUCAUAGACCAUCUCUUCAUGAUCAGAAUUCUCUGUGUUGCUUUUGAAUCACUGUCCCAACAAUAGUUAGAAAUGUAUCCACUCAGCUUUAUUUGUUCUGCCAGUUUCACUAUUUUUAUGAUGUAUAAUUUUAGUAAGUAUGAUGAUUAUAAUGGUAAAAUGUAAUACAAACAAAAAUUAGAAAUAGAAAGAAAGAAUAAAAGGUGCAAGGAAACAAGAGAAGAAAUUAAUAUUUCUAUAAUAAAAAAAUAUAAAGAAAUGACUUCCAACCUUUGUCACAAGACUAAACAAAUUUAGUGAUUCUUCAUUUCCUCUUACGGUAGUUUACAAACAAUUAACUCUUCAACCUAUAUCCCAUCAGUUAUCUAUAGACAAAUUCAUAAAGCAUUAUCAUUUAAGUUCAUAAAGAGUUGCCAGAGAUAACAACAUAUCUUAUUUUAACCUUGAUCAAAUAAACCAACUUUAUAUUCCUUGUUUUUAUUUCUAACACUUCAUCUUUAGCCAAUUCAAAUAUUUUUAUCUAUUUAUUGGUAUUCCAUCUUUAUUAUUGUUGCAAAAUUUGUUUUUUCAUUAUUGCUUUUUUUGUCCCAUCACACAGAAUUUUAAUAAGCCUCUUUUGUAAAUCAAAUGAGAAAGAAAUAGUCUCAGUCACUCGCUUGGUUUAUAAUUUGUAUUUCUCUCUAGUCAGAUAAAAUUUGUUCUACAUCUGUCAUUUCUUUAAUAGCAUCUAGUAUCCAGUUUUUAAAUCAUGAAAUUACACAUUUCUGUCUUCCAAAAACACAUCUAUUACUCAUGAGAAGCUGUUUGUUCUUCAUAAAUAAUUCCAAAAUCUUGUUGAAAAAGUUUCAGCAUUCAAAAUUUAUAUAGAACUUUAUUUAUAACUUUCUAAGAUCAAAAUCUUAUCAGUUUUUUGCUCUUGAUUUCAAAUUCCAUAUGUUCUUAAGCUUGCAAUUAAUUUUUCUUUUGUUCAGAGUUGAAGUUAAUUCUCCCAACAAGACUUUUCAAACGUCAUUCUAAAGAUCUUUAACAGCUUUGAAGUUGUUGCAAUUUCCAAAGGUGAUAAGAAUUGAGGUUGCAACUUUGUGUCCUUUAAAAGGCCCCAUUACAGUUCCAAGCAAGAUGGGCAAUCCCUACAUGUCCCAGCCAUCAAAUCUACAGAAAAGCACUGUCUUGUGGUCUUCUCACCCGUGGGCAAUCUACUGUUCAUUCCUAUUCAAAGAAGUUUCCAGGAACUGGUCUACUCAUCAGUUCCUUGGUCUUUGCUGCUGUUGUUGGCACUUCAGUUCAUCAUUCAUCCCCCAGAAGUCCAGCUUCACUGUCUUUAAGAAGGCAGGUCAUGAAUUACCACAUACUGACUUACUUAGCUUAUUGUAAAGAAUUUAGCAUGGACCAUUGUCCCGCAAAUAUAAUAUAAUGCAAAAAAUACUUGUCAGAAAAUUGUUUUAUAGAUCACAUUGUAUCAACUUUGGGUCAACUUUACUCCUGGCUUCACAUCCCAUUUCAUACUUACUGAUUUUAAAUUUAUAAAGACAUUAAUGGUCACUAUAGCCAUUAUGUGUCAUUCCAUAUGAAACUGUUCUGUAAUUUGUAAUUGUCAUCAGAAGCUCUGGGAUACAUCUCAUCACUUUGAUAACAACUUAGUAGACCUUUUGGGUAGUUGCUAAAUUAUCUGCAUUGAACAUAUUGUCUCUCUCAAUUAUGAUAGAUUUAAUGUUGCUUUAAUGUUGCCUUUUUAAAAAUUUUGUGCACCUUACCCCUUAAUUUGAGAAUCAUUCUCAAUUGUUUGGCAUGUUAAUCUCUUCUUUUGUGUUUUAGGCUACCAUUAAUUUUAUAACGUAUUUUCAUGUACCUUAUCACAGACAUCACUUAAAUAAUAACAACAAAUAUAUUAAAAUGCCUGCUAUUUCUAGAGAAGUCACAAUGGCUAUUACACCCAGAAGCUGUUUGUCCUUUGAAUAACCAAGGAAUGUAUUGUUGUUUCUUUUUAUUGAAAAAGUUUUAAAAAAACAAAAACAUUUUCCCCUU